GCCUGCGCCCUGGAGAGGUCACUCCAGUGCCGCUGUCCACAGCGUCUAAAACAACACGGGAGACAGCAGUUACGAGUUAUAAGCCAGAACUGAUUGGCGUAGGUCCAGGCGCUACGGGUUGUCUCCGACGGUGGGAGGGACCAUCACAGCCCCACUGGUCGUCUACCGCCCGCCUCAAGCUGGGCAUCCCCCAGCCAGUAAGGAAAAAGACCGACAAGCAGACUGCAAACCCUGCACCAGGCAAAGACAGUAAAAGAAGACCACCAAUCUUGCGAUUAGCAAGCUGGAAUGUCAGGACAAUGUGUCCUGGCCUCUCCAGCGACCUACAACAGGUCAAUGACUCAAGAAAAACAGCCAUCAUCGACCGCGAGCUCACAAGGCUGAACAUUGACAUUGCUGCGCUGCAGGAAACCAGACUUGCAUCAAACGGCAGCCUCAGAGAACAGAACUACACGUUCUUUUGGCAGGGCAAGAAACCCGAGGAACCAAGAGUGCAUGGCGUUGGAUUCGCAGUGAAGAAUUCUCUGUUGUCCUCUGUAGAACCACCAUCAACUGGUUCCGCCCGCAUCUUGUCUCUCCGCCUGUCAACCUUCUCAGGCCCAGUGAACAUCCUGAGCAUCUACGCUCCCACACUCUGCUCCUCAGCCGAGACCAAGGACCAGUUCUAUGAGGAGCUUGACACCACCAUCAGAGACAUCCCUGCCAUGGAACAACUAUACCUGCUCGGCGACUUCAAUGCCCGAGUGGGUUCCGAAUGUGACUCCUGGCCCAGCUGCAUCGGUCACUUCGGCAUCGGCAAGAUGAACGAGAAUGGACAGAGGCUUCUUGAGUUAUGCUCUUACCACGACCUAUGCAUAACCAACACGUUCUUUGCCACCAAGCCGCAUCGCCGAGUGUCCUGGCGGCAUCCCAGAUCUCGCCACUGGUACCAGAUGGAUCUCGUCAUCACUCGGAGACCAUCACUGAACUGUGUUCUCACCACACGCAGCUAUCACAGUGCUGACUGCGACACUGACCACUCCAUGGUCGGCAGUAAAAUCCGUCUCCAACCCAAACGGAUCCACCAAUCUAAGCAGGAAGGUCGUCCCCGCAUUAACACCAGCAAGACGGCAAUCCCAGACCUGUGCGAGCGCUUCACCAAUUCCAUUGAGGAUGCCCUCAAAAACUGCCCUGGUGGCAACACUGAAGAGAGGUGGAGUCACAUCCGUGAUUUCAUCUACAACUCUGCAAUGGACACCUUCGGCAAGAGAGAGAGGCAGAACCCGGAUUGGUUCGAAGCCGGCAUUGCUGAACUAGAGCCAGCAAUUGAGGCCAAGAGAGCUGCCCUCAUUAACCACAAGAGGGAGCCUUCUGUGAAGUCACUCGCUGCACUCAGGAAGGCCAGGAACGACGCCCAACAGAUCGUUCGGCGCUGCGCAAAUGACUACUGGAUCAACCUUUGUGAGAGUAUCCAGCUCUCUGCUGACUGUGGCAAUAUUCGUGGCAUGUAUGGAGGCAUGAAGAAGGCCUUCGGCUCAAGCAUAAACAAGAUCGCGCCCCUGAAAUCAACUGCCAGCGACAUCAUAACAGACCGCAGCAAGCAGAUGGAGAGAUGGGCUGAACACUACCAGGAGCUCUACUCAAGAGAGAACGUGGUCACAGCCGCAGCUGCCGAGAACACCGCCAGCCUCCCUGUCAUGGAGGAGCUAGACGCUCCACCCUCCGUAGAUGAACUGAGCAAGGCUAUCGACUCCCUAGCCUGCGGCAAAGCUCCAGGAAAAGAUGGCAUCCCACCUGAAGUCAUCAAGGUGGGAAAGAAGACUGCUCUCCUUCACCAUCUGCACCAGCUGCUGCAGCAGUGCUGGGAAGAAGGAACAGUGCCCCAAGAGAUGCGUGACGCCAACAUCGUCACUCUAUACAAGAACAAGGGCGACCGCAGGGACUGUAACAACUACUGUGGAAUAUCCCUCCUCAGCAUUGUUGGGAAGGCCUUCGCCCGUGUAGUCCUCAACAGACUGCAGUUGCUCACAGAGCGUGUAUACCCCGAGGCCCAGUGUGGGUUUAGAGCGGGAAGAUCAACCAUCGACAUGAUCUUCUCCCUACGACAGCUCCAGGAGAAAUGCCGCGAACAGAGGCGACCGCUUUAA